CUAUUUUAAAACGAAAAGAAGAUAAUUUUUUUUAAAUUUAAAAUAAAUGCUUUUUUCUCUUAACAUAAAAUAAAAGCAUCCACAUAAAAUCUUUAAAAAAAAAUAAAAACAAAUUGCAGUUAUGUUUUAAGAAAAUAAAUUAGAAUUAUUCACAACCACAUUGUCCUCCCUUACCCUUCCCCCUCUUCUCUACUUCGCGGAGGUGAAUCUAAAUAAACAAAUCCUCCGUCAAACGCCACCACCAUUCCCCAUUCUAAUUCCAUCAUCUCUUUCUUCUUCUAGAAAAAUUUUUUUCUAGAAGAAGAAAGAGAGAAAUAAUAUAUAAAAUUAAUAAAUAAAAAUGGGAAUGGGUCACGAGUGGUUUGCAGUUUCUCUCAUUAUGAUUAUGAUGAUCUCGGCCUUCAUUCCGACCCGGAUUCAGUCGCUCCGAUUCGACAUCGAAUCGGGUCAUACCAAAUGCAUAUACGAGGAAAUCAAGAGCGGCGCCAUGUCCGUCUGCAAGUACCGCGUCGUCAACCCCAACGCCGGCGACCCUUUGCCGGAAACCCAUAAUGUCACCGUUUGGGUGACGUCUCCAAAUGGGAAUAAUUAUCAGUAUGCAGAGAAAGUUGGGGAAGGGGAGUUUGUAUACGAGACCGUAGAAGAAGCAGGGGAUUACGAGACUUGCUUCUUUGCUCCACGUCACCACCCGCCUGUCACUUUGACCGUUGACUUCCAUUGGAAAUCUGGCGUAGCGGCCACCAAGGAUUGGACCAAUGUCGCAAAGAAAUACUCCAUUGAUGCUAUGGAAUUGGAGUUGAAGAAAAUGUACGAAACCAUCAAUGCCAUCCAUGAUGAGAUGUCUUAUCUCCGCGAAAGAGAAGAAGAAAUGCAAGAGCUAAACCGAGCAACCAACACCGAAAUGGGUUGGCUGAGCGGAGUGUCGUUUAUUCUGUGCCUCACUGUGGCCGGAACCCAGUUUUUGUAUUUGAAAACCUUUUUCCAUAAGAAGAAGCUUUUCUAACCUUUUCUCCCUUUUGGAUCAAUGUAAACACUCUCUUUGAGAUGGCAUUUUUUGUUAUUAUUGUACAUCUAAUUUCUAAUACACAAAAAAGAAGGAAAUAAGACUUGGGAGUUGGGAAUGGAAGAUUGAAAUUCAUACUGAAGUCUUUUGGCAAAAGCAGUCAUGAAGAAAAGAUGUUCCAGUGA